AUCUCCCCUGCUGUUUUGACUUGCCUUCUCUUUUUCGCUUAUUUUUUUGGGUGAAAAAAGCUGUCGUUUUAUUAAUACUACUAUUCUUCUCCUCCGUCUUAUUGUUCUUCUUCACUUUCACCAUGUUUAAAUGUUCUUGUCAUUUAUAUAAUAAAGGCCUUUGAGCUUUGUGUGUGGAUUCUAAUACCCAGAAAGCUGCUCUGUUUUUGCUGCUUUUUCCCUGAUAUGCAGUUCUUGUUUGUGCUCUUGUCUCUUUGGGUGAUGCCCCUUGUAAACAAGCCAACAAGGCUCAUGAAGAUGCUAGCGGCUUUGCUUUUUUUGCUUCUCCCCUUGAGCAGUGCGGUUGAAAUCAGUGGCAAAGGGAGUGAGGGACAGUGCGACUAUGAACCAAACUUACAGCCCCGACCACAUAGCGUGUCUAUCUUGGAGUUUGGUGCUGUUGGGGACGGCAAGACAUUGAACACCCUAGCAUUCCAGAAUGCAGUGUUUUAUCUCAAAUCCUUUGCCGACAAGGGUGGUGCUCAGCUCUAUGUGCCACCGGGAAAGUGGCUUACCGGGAGUUUCAAUCUCACCAGCCACCUCACACUCUUCUUGGCAAAGGGCGCAACAAUUCUUGGAUCUCAGGAAUUUUCUCACUGGGAGGUUGUCGAACCCCUACCUUCGUAUGGCCGAGGACUCGAACUUCCCGGAAGACGCUAUAUAAGCCUAAUAAAUGGAUACAUGCUGCAUGAUGUGGUAAUUACAGGUGAUAAUGGAACCAUCGAUGGACAGGGCUGGGUUUGGUGGGAUUUGUUCAUCUCACAUUCCUUGAAUUACAGCCGCCCACAUCUUGUCGAGUUUGUUAGUUGCAAGGAUGUUGUAUUGUCAAACAUAACAUUCCUUAACGCCCCUUCAUAUAAUGUUCAUCCAGUCUAUUGUAGCAAUGCGCAAGUUCACAACAUUUCAAUCUAUUCUCCACCCGAAUCGCCCUACACUGUUGGCAUAGUGCCAGAUUCUUCGGAUAAAGUGUGUAUAAAGAACUGUAACAUUAGCACCGGGUAUGAUGCCAUUGCGCUCAAGAGCGGCUGGGACGAGUAUGGAAUUGCGUAUGGCAGACCGACUACAGGCGUCCACGUCAAACAAGUACACCUCCAAGCAUCGUCCGGCUCUGCUUUUGCAUUCGGCAGUGAGAUGUCCGGUGGCAUUUCAGACGUCCUCGUCGAGCACCUCUACAUACGCAACUCAUUUAGCGGCAUUGGGUUGAGAACGACCAAAGGCAGGGGCGGGUAUAUCAAAGACAUCCUUAUAUCCGAUGUUGAGAUGACAAAUGUCCACACGGCAUUCCGUGCCUCGGGCCAGAGCGGCUCGCAUCCCGACGACAUGUUCGACCCAGACGCGCUCCCCAAGCUGGAUCACAUCACCUUGCAGAAUGUGGUCGGCACAAACAUCACCCUGGCCGGAAACUUCACCGGCAUUGAAGAGGCUCCCUUCACUUCCAUUUGCCUAUCUAACAUAUCCUUGGCAGUGACUUGCUCUUCUACUUACUGGGUCUGUUCAAAUGUUUUGGGGUCCUCCAGGUUCGUGUUCCCCAAGCCAUGCCCCGACCUCUCGAGCGCGUUUUCAAACUCUUCCUUGUCCUGCUUCUCCCUUCCGAAUUCUCACAGCCGGGCUGCAGCUUUAUGAUACCGUUUCCCCAAACACGGGAGCUCGAUCCUUGAUCCAUUUUCAACGACGGCAAGCCGGGAAACUGUUCGCCAUCAUGGUCCUAGGCAGUGGCCGGAUUCUAGCAAUAAGGCGGGAGGGAGUCCAGGAUACUUCCUUGUUCCCAUCUCCAUUUGCAUUGCAUGUUAUACAGAUUUGUGUACAGCCUCAUUUCUUCAUUCAUCUUUAAGGAAUUUUUUUGGUAGUGA